AAGAUCUUCGCGGGAUGAUGCUGGGCUCUGCUGCUACUCUACUGCGGCACUAUAGUGUGGAUUACUAUACGCGACCACGCCACUCGAAAAAUCGCGGAUGCCCGAGCGAAUGGACGAAAACGAUGGUCUUCGUGAACGAUCUUCGGUGCAUAUGCAUCAGCAUCAGUGCGCAUCAUUCGCGAUUCCAACUAUUCUUUCAUUUAUAUGCCGGCACUGAUGAGAAGCAUUUUGAGAGAAAAAGACAAUCGUACCGACACUUCCGACAAUUCCCGACCGUUUUUCUUAAUAACAGUGUCGCCAACAUUGCUAAAUAUAUACCGAAUUGA